AUGGAGAAUCAAAAUGGACAAUUAUUUACAAAGGUUUACCACAAACCAUCUUAUGAACCAUAUUAUUUGCCAUUUAAUAGUAUCCACCCGUUACAAAUGAAAAAGAACAUACCAUUUGCUAUGUUCUUAAGAGCCAUCCGAUAUUGCUCAACAUUCGAUGCAUAUUUACAAGAAAGAGAAUCCUUAAGAAUGGCUCUUCUAUUAAACAAAUAUCCUGGUGACCUAAUUACUAGCCAAUUCAAUCGUGUUCUAUCAAAAUUUGAAAUUAAUGAUCAACUUAGUAUUAGAAAUUACGAAAGACUAAGAGGUCAAUUAAUUCAAUCAUCUCACUCCUCAAGAGAUAGAACACCAUUUGACCAUGGAAAGAUGAUCUUCAUUCAUUUUACUUACUGUACAAAUAUGAAGUCAUUCCCUACGAAAUUCCACAACUUAUGGCAUAAAUAUUUCGGCAACUCACCAAUUAAUGAAAUUACCCCAAUAUUAGGAACCAAAAAUGACGAUAACUUACAAAAACGUUUAGUGCAUACUCGCUCAUAA